AUGCCGGACGAGGUGCACCAGGCCCUCCUGGACCAUUUCGAGCUCGAGCGCCACAUUGGGGGAUACGCAGCGGAAGCGCAGGCCGAUGCGAGGGAAGGCGCUCGAAAGGCAGCGGCCAAGUUGUUGGGGUGCGAUCCUGAGGAGAUUGCCCUAACAGAGUCUGCGCAAAGCGCAUGGGCAAAAGCCUUUUACAGCUUUAGCUUCCGAGAGGGCGAUCGGAUCUUUUGCUGGGCGAGCGAAUAUGCAGGAAAUGCCGUUGCUUUUCUGCAGGCCGCAAAGCGACAUGCCAAGCUUGAAGUGUUGCCCAUGCGCCCAGAUGGCAUUGUCGAUUUAGACGCACUUGAAGCUGCUCUGAAGUCUUUGCCUGAAACGGCACGGGCAGUGGUGGCCUUGACACACAUUCAAACGAAUUCCUCUGUGGUGCAGCCUGCCGCUGCGGUCGGGAAACUCGCGCGCGAGCAUGGCGCCGUCUUUAUUCUGGAUGCCUGCCAAUCCAUCGGGCAGAUCCCCGUGGACGUGCGCUCGCUGCUCUGCGACUUUGCCUGCGCCACGGGCCGCAAGUGGCUCCGGGGCCCUCGCGGCACUGGGUUUUUGUAUGCCCGGGCCUCGGCACUGAACCACGCGAGCGGACUGGUGGGCGAGCCGCCGAUGAUCGACCAUGUCUCGGCUCGAUGGACACAGAGCCACGUCUACAAGCUGGCCCCAGACGCCCGCCGCUACGAGAUGUGGGAGACUUCGCCAGCGCUCCACAUGGGCUUGAAGAAGGCCUUGGAGCUUUGUGAGCACGUGGGCCCGCAGCACAUCCAACGAAAGUCUACUGGGCUGGCCGCUGCGCUGCGCCAGAAGCUCGCUUCAAUCAAGGGCGUCCGCUGCUGUGACGCUCCAGCGAGCUUGGAGGAAGCUCAGGUGGAGGGCGUGUCGCGGUGCGCCAUUGUGACUUUCGAGGCGUUCUCAGACCUUGGCAUCACCUCGGAGGCCAUCAAGGGAGCACUUGCCAAGCAGAGAAUCGCGGUGUCCGUGUCGCCGCCAUUUCACACCUUCAACGACGAGGACUGGCGCCAGCCUUCCGUCGUGCGAGUAAGUCCAUCCUACUACAACGACGAGUCGGAAGUGGAUGUCCUGGCUCAGAAGAUCAAGGGAAUCAUCGAAACCCUCUCUGAAAAUUCUGGAAUGCGUGCUCCGUAG